CGCAGCCUCCCUCCCUUCCCUCCUUGUCUGCUGCGAGACGCAGCAGUGCCGGAGCACUACCGAUCCUCUCUGCUCUAACUGUUGCCUGCCGCUGCUGAGGGGACUGGCUGGCUCAUGCUGCUUCCAUCCCAGCAGCGAAACACAAGAAGAGAAGGCUUCUUGCCCCCUUCUUUUAUUGCCUACAAAGGAAGGACAUCACCAUUGAUGCUGUUCAGCCAGCUGGCAUCUCAAGACCUGGAGUAAGAGGCAUCCCUGCCACUGAACUACAUGAAUUCAAGAGCAGGGGAGAAGAAAGUGCACUUGGCAUGUUUAUUGCUAAAAAGAUAGUGUCCUUACUCCAACAAUAAGAAAUCUUUUCUACACAAAUCCCGCUAACUGGGAGGAGAUGUUCCUAGAUAAAUCACCAGCAAGCUCAUGGUCUGAACCAGAUGCUCAAAUGUGCCCUACCUGCUCUGAAAGAAAAAUGACUUUUCGACUGUCCCUAAUGAGCAACUCAAAACUCCAUAUUCUUUAAGCAAGUAUUAGUAACCCUGGCUUAAGAGAGGAGAGAUCCCCCAGCAGACUGGCAAAGGAGAAAACAACCUUCCCCAGCUCAUGAAAGGAUUAACCACUUGCCGUGGGAGAAGCUGGCAGAAAUCUCACUCGUUCUGUUCGGAAGAAAAAUUCUUACAAAGACCAAAGCUGUGCUACCCUUUGCAGCUCAGUUUAAGAAAAGGACCACAGCAUACCACCUAACAAACGACGUGUCCUAUCAGAAGGACCACUGCACUUUUAGGACAAAAUAAAAACCUAGUAUCAGUGUAAAACACAAGUCUAAUGCUUGCUGUCAUUGUAACAGCAACUCUAAGAAUGAUCCUACAGGCCUGUCUCAUGCAAUUUGCCUAUCUAUGUGAACCAGCAGUCCUGGGACCAGCAGGAAGGAGUAUUUCCUGAUGAAUUCUGCUCAGAAGCUAUCCUGCAAUCAGGCCUAAGUCUCCUCACUUGACCUGCUUUGUGAGUUUGUGAGGUAAGACAGGAAAUUUGAUGGUAAAUAGAGAAAAUGGACCAAAGCUGACAGAGAGCAAUGACUGAGAUUUAUUUUAAAUUCCGUGGAAAUCUGACUGGCCGUGUCCACUUUCCAACUCUGGCUACAGAAGUCGACACAACAGCAGAUAAAUAUUCCAGCCUGUACAUGUACAUGGGGUUGUUCUUAACACUUCUGGCUAUUCUUCUCAUAUUGCUUUUCACCAUGCUCUUGCGCCUGAAGCACGUUAUUUCCCCUAUCACCACACCUCCAGAGAGCACUGAGAAUGCCCAGCAGUUCACAGAUGUGGAAAUGCACAGUAGGAUUCCCAGCACUUAGAGACCCUGAAAUAAAGAGAGUUCUGGCGAUACAACGCGUACAGCAAAAUGGUGGUGGAAAAGAUCUUUGCCUGUCUGCUGAGCCCUACAACUUAUUGCACCACCUUCAACAGCAGCACAGAGCAUCUGGAGAAUGUCAGGCAACUAAGACACUGACUGGCUUGGACCCACUGGAUGUUGACACUACAGGCAACAUGUGUGCAAUACCCUCAAUAAAAUUUACAUUGUAGAAACCCACGGCUCACAGGAAAAGCUUAUAUCACUCUAAAAGCCCUUGCAGCAAAUGAUAAAAGCCACAAUAAUGACAGCCAAAAAAACAGAGAUGCACAUACCAGAAUGUGUCCUGGAGCCUGUAUUUGCUGACCUCUCUCUUUACCCUCAAAUUCCUUGCCUGUGAAAAGAGUUGAGUCAACAAAGUUAAGUGGUGUAAGCUCGAAAAGCCCACAGGGCACAUACAGAAAUGAUCAGUGAUUUGGAAAUUCUCAGACAUCUUUCCAUUCAAGAAACUUAAAAUGCUUUUUUUUCACUUGAAUAGCAGAUUUCACAACUGAGUUUGAAAAGUAUACAACUGUUCCUAUGCUGCGGAUGUGCAUCGCCUGCUGGAGCUAUUCAUUUAUGACAUUAAAAACCAUACAGUGAACAGUUGCAUUCCAAAUAUCAGAAAGAGAUAGCACUUUUACAAGAGGAAAUAAAAUAAAGGUAAAUCUUAAUAAAAGUUUAAAAUAAAAAGGAAGUAUCAGCAGGAAAUGAGCAGUAGGAGAGAAAAACGUUAAAAGACAAUCUACUUCUCUUCCCUUGCUCUCCUUUACAUUAACUGAGCUGACUACAAAUACAUUAAUGUCUUUCAAUUACAAUUGCUCAAUAGCAAAUGUCAAAUUUGUGAAUCAAAUGGACAUUGUCCUCCUAACGGGCUCAAAUUCAGAGUAACAUUUCCUCUCAUAUCUAUGUUGGUUUUUCUUCCUCAAAAAUAAACCAGUUCUUCCAAAGCUUUUUUAUUUGUCUUUCUCCAAAGAAGGUUGAAGAAAUGCCAGGACUUGGUACUGUAAUAAUGAACCAUGUGAACAGCUCUGGCAGGGAAUAUGCAGAUGGGAAGCAAACUGACUGAGCACUAAAAGAUAGGAUUGCAUUCAAAUAUCCUCUCAGAUCAUUUGGAACACUGAGAAAAAAAAUAUUUACUUAAAUUUAUGAAACAACAUUCUAACCCAAUCCUUUCACCUAUGAAAGUUAUGCAGACAUACACUUCCUUCCUGUAGAUGGAAAAGAUGGUAUUAUAUACAUCAUAUCACUUCUCAGAGGCCACUGCCUCUUACAGAAAAAAAAUAUGGAUGAGACUGUUUCAGCUCUAUCUCCAAAAGCAUGGAUUUCACUCAGUUUAUCUUCUUUAUCACUGUCUAAUGCUAGCUUAGUGACAAAAUCCCUUGGUGCUUUCUCCUUUAUAUACACUUAAUUGCCAGUUCCCCACUCUCCAUGAGACUGGAAACUGCAAACUCCCCACACAUGAACAGUGCUAAAAUUAGAGAUGACACUAACUUCAUGGACUUGUGAUAGCAACAACAAAACUGUUCUUCAAGUGCUUUUCAUACAAUAGUUUCUUUAUUUACCUUUAAGAGUCUGCAGAUGAAUGAGCUGUUUGGACUGGGAAUCUGGCUUUUUCAGCUAACUGAGAAAGGGCAAAAAAUGAUGUGAAACAUCUAUACUGAAUAUGGUUGGUCCACAAGAAGGACUGCUGUAUUUAAUACAAAACUGUUUAAAGAUUGCCUCUUCAUAUUGAAUAGCAUCUUUUAUACAGCAUCUUUUAUACUCCAGGUACCCCCAGAGAAGCAGGCUUAAUCUGCUUUGUAUAGCAUAGUGACUGUGUAAGGGAAGUACAGUAUCCAAUAUGCUCUCAGCAGUAUGUCUCCAUGUCAUGCUUGUCUGUGUUUAUCAGGAAAAAAAGGCAGGAGGCAGGUUGCCCUCAACCAUUCUGCCAUGAGGCCAUCACAUGGACACCACCAGGCAGGAUAGUGGCCACAUCUGAAGGGUGGCGCCUCAAGAAGUGCUAUUAUCAGUACUGUGAAAGAGCCAAAAUUCUGUGUAAUGGAGGAUCUGAACAUUCAUUCAGCUAAUACAGACUGUUACUGAGUCAGUCGAUGCCAUUCAUAUUAAAAAAAAAAAAAAAUGCAGAUAAAGUUGGCUUCAUUCUUUCAGCCACCAGAGAUGCAGGCUAGCCCAGGCUCAGCUACUGAUUUGCGUUGUACAACCUCUCUAUUUUCUCUGUGGGCCAUUUGAAAGUUACCACUUACUUAAAUCAUAAAUAUUCUAGCACACUAAAUCUGCAAGUAAGACACAUUAGUCUUCCACUAGAACUAUCUAUGGAAAAGCUUUAUUUCCAGGAAGCUGCAUGAUGGAUUUGAAUAUUGUUAUAAAUGAUCAGACCCACCUAUAGAAAAUUACAGUGUCAGAAUCUGAGCUGGGACCCAAAUUCUGAUUUCCCUGAUCUCAGCUGCAAAGCCCUCAGAAGUAGGCACCAGGACUGAGCUUCUUUCCCUCACACUAAAGAAUGUUAAUGUCUCACAACCUUUUAGAACUCAUUCAAUAAAUGCAUUAUAAACAAAAAAGCAACCAUUUUAAUGUAAAUUAUAGUUGCAUUGUAUUUUGGCAGAUUGUGUAUUUCUAUAUAAUACUGCUGGUGAAGGCAGCCAUCUCUCUAACAUAAAAUUGACAAGUUUUCCUUUCUAAAGUUUCAUGUCUCCAUUUCAAACAGAAAGUAUCUUUCCUGAUACAUCCACAGGCCCAAAAGCACUCUGAGCACAUCACUUGUCUGCACAAUGUUGGAAAAUUUUAAAGCCUGCAUAUCCCCUUCAAAAAAUUAAGUAUUUUUAUUUUUGAAAUGCUUUUCCUCCCUUCUCAUUCUUAUUUGUAACAUCCAAGAUCUGAUGCCUCUGCAAAAAGAUUGCCGGGAGGUGCUGAUCUGGGUUUGCUGAGCAGGCUUUUAGUGGGCUUUGGCAUCGUUUUGGCUACAGAGAAUGGUAACUGAAACUGAGUUUGUUGGAUCUUGGAGAACUGUGGGUGUCACAUCCACACCCUUCCCUCCAACCAGUUUGUCUUCUUCCCACUUGUCCAUCUGUUAUAGAAGGUUGGGUUUUUUACAAAAAUAAAGAAACCUGUUACAAUCAA